AUGAAGGGAGAAGAAUCCUCGCCUCCCACCUCAGACCCUAAGAUUCCGUUUGAUAGCCCUUUGCCAGAAAUGAAUAUUGAUAUAGAGUACACGCUUGAUUUAAAUAGAACGAAUCCUAGAUUUUCAACUCCCACAGGAAGUGUUUCUACAAAGAGUAUUCAAGGAAAACGGAGGCAGAAGUCUCUUCAGUUCAUCACUACCGAAAUGGUGCUUAUAAUUCUGCGUCGUCAAGCGAACGGCGAAUCUACCAGCGUGAAUCCAAGCGCUCUUUCAGACCAACUGCACAUCACACGCCGUCGCAUCUACGAUAUCAUCCACGUUCUUAGCUGUUUAGCCCUCUUGAGCCGAACCUGCUAUCGCUACUAUGGCUGGGAAGGCUUCGGAGCCAUGCGCUCUCUUCUGACUCGCCUCCAAACCACUCCCUUCGAAGAAUUCGAGAGCAGUUUCUCCCACUGCUUCAAAAAGAAAUCCGACGAUGAAACGCCCAGCGAAGAGCGUUUUAACCCCGAAGAGAGCACGACAAAGCACAUCACCAUCAAGUUCCUCAAGACAUCACGCCGCUCGUUCUCCGCGAAUUCAACCUCGCGCACCGCUCCAAACCCCACGCAGCGUACUCCAAAUCCCUCCAAGACCGCGAGAAAAGCCGGGGUUCACCGCGGUUCUCAUCGAAUAGGCGUGGAACGCCGGCUCUACGACAUCAUCAGCGUUCUGUGCGGCCUGGGGAUCCUCAAACGCAAAACCGACGCGCUGGAAUGGACUUUGUCCGAUCUCGACCGCACCGCAGGUUCCAAAAAUCGGCACUAUUUCAGCAUAGAAGCGAACCGAUCGCACACGACGUACAACAAAGGGAACAACAUCAUGAUCUGCCUUCCCUCCUACUUCUACGAACUCCCCGACCCUUCCGGAAUUCCAGAAAUCCGGCCUUCUCCCAUCGAGGAGGUCUGGAUAAAAACCUCCGAUUUCUGGAGUCCUAUCAGAGCUCCGUGA